AUGGCGAGGCGGCCACGGUGGCAGGGUCUCGGGGGAUCGUGGACCCCGAUACUCCUGCUCCUUCUCCUCGUCUCUUUGUUCCCCCUCAGCCGGCAGGAGCUGGGGGGCGGCGGGGUCCGGGGCUGGGACCCGGGCAUGGCCCUGGCCACGGCGGGGCCCGGGGCGCACCGCGGUGGCGGAGCCUCAGCUCUUUGUCCCGAGUCGCCUGAGGCUCGGGAGGAGGAAGAGCCUGGCUUAGAUGUCCGGGAGUCCGUCUUCGCGGGGCUCCGACAGGGGAGGCAAAACAUCCGGGACGGUGGAGGGGUCCCCGAGCUGCCCAGCGCGGAGCUGGGGGUCCCGGCCCCGGGCAGCCGAGGGGCCGAGGCGGCCCCGGGACCGGGGUCCCUGUCACGCGGGCACCCGCUGGCCUCUUCUUGCGGGUGGACGGGGCCUUUGCGGAGAGGCGACCUGUCUCCGGAGGCCCGGUCCCCGACGGGCACGGGUCUGGGGGACCUGUCUCCCCUCCCAUCCGACCUCCUGGCUCCCCCCGAGGGCCCCAAGUCCGUGUCCUCCCCGCGUCGCACCAAGAGCGUGGACCCCUCCCGCUGCCGCAGGGCACCGUGGAGCCCGGGCCCGCCGGGUCAGGGCGCACCCGCCGUGGGAGGAGCCCCCCAUCAUCGCCGGGAUUGCCUCCCCGGGGGUGCGGCCCCGGGUCCCGGCGGGUGGGGUUCAGCACCGCGCGCCGCGAGGAUAGCUCCUCCGCUCGGUUCAGCACCUCGCGAGUCCCGGACAGCUCCCCGGCGCGCCGCGGAGCGCAUGCGCGCCCCAGGUCCCUCCCGCCGGCGCCGGCGCAGCAGCAGCAGCGGCGGCAGCAGCCGCCGCCGCCACCACCGCCGCUUCCUCCCGCCGCGGGGCCCCGAGCCGCGGCCCCCGGGCCGGUUCCCCGACCACGACGACGACGACGAGCGUCCGCGCCCCCGACGCGCCGCCAACCGCCACCCGCAGUUCCCGCAGUACAACUACCAGACGUCGGUGGCCGAGAACCAGGCGGCGGGCACGUCGGUGCUGCGCGUGGCGGCGCAGGACCCGGACGCGGGCGAGGCCGGGCGGCUGGCGUACUCGCUGGCGGCGCUGAUGAACAGCCGCUCGCUGGAGCUGUUCAGCAUCGACCCGCACAGCGGCCUCAUCCGCACGGCCGCCGCCCUGGACCGCGAGAGCAUGGAGCGCCACUACCUGCGGGUGACGGCGCAGGACCACGGCACCCCGCGCCUCUCGGCCACCACCAUGGUGGCCGUGACCGUCGCCGACCGCAACGACCACGCGCCCGUGUUCGAGCAGGCCCAGUACCGGGAGACGCUGCGGGAGAACGUGGAGGAGGGCUACCCGAUCCUGCAGCUGCGGGCCACCGACGGCGACGCGCCCCCCAACGCCAACCUGCGCUACCGCUUCGUGGGGCCGCCGGGCGCGCGCGCCCCGGCCGCCUUCGAGAUCGACCCGCGCUCGGGCCUCAUCAGCACCCGCGGCCGCGUGGACCGCGAGCACGUGGAGAGCUACGAGCUGGUGGUGGAGGCCAGCGACCAGGGCCAGGAGCCGGGCCCCCGCUCGGCCACGGUGCGGGUGCACAUCACCGUGCUGGACGAGAACGACAACGCGCCCCAGUUCAGCGAGAAGCGGUACGUGGCGCAGGUGCGCGAGGACGUGCGCCCGCACACGGCCGUGCUGCGCGUCACCGCCACCGACCGCGACAAGGACGCCAACGGCCUGGUCCACUACACCAUCCUCAGCGGCAACAGCCGCGGCCACUUCGCCAUCGACGGCCUCACCGGCGAGAUCCAGGUGGUGGCCCCGCUCGACUUCGAGGCCGAGCGCGAGUACGCGCUGCGCAUCCGGGCGCAGGACGCGGGCCGCCCGCCCCUGUCCAACACCACGGGCCUGGCGAGCAUCCAGGUGGUGGACAUCAACGACCACGCGCCCAUCUUCGUGAGCACCCCGUUCCAGGUGUCGGUGCUGGAGAACGCGCCCCUGGGCCACUCGGUCAUCCACAUCCAGGCGGUGGACGCCGACCACGGCGAGAACGCCCGGCUCGAGUACUCCCUGACGGGCGUGGCCGCCGACACCCCCUUCGUGAUCAACAGCGCCACGGGCUGGGUGUCGGUGAGCGGGCCCCUGGACCGCGAGUCGGUGGAGCACUACUUCUUCGGGGUGGAGGCGCGGGACCACGGCGCCCCGCCGCUCUCCGCCUCGGCCAGCGUCGCCGUGACGGUGCUGGACGUGAACGACAACCGGCCCGAGUUCACCGUGAAGGAGCACCACCUGCGGCUGAACGAGGACGCGGCCGUGGGCACCAGCGUGCUCAGCGUGACCGCCGUGGACCGCGACGCCAACAGCGCCAUCAGCUACCAGGUCACGGGCGGCAACACCCGCAACCGCUUCGCCAUCAGCACGCAGGGCGGCGCGGGGCUGGUGACGCUGGCGCUGCCGCUGGAUUACAAGCAGGAGCGCUACUUCAAGCUGGUGCUCACCGCCUCCGACCGGGCCCUGCACGACCACUGCUACGUCCACAUCAACAUCACCGAUGCCAACACCCACCGGCCCGUCUUCCAGAGCGCUCACUACUCGGUGAGCAUGAACGAGGACCGGCCCGUGGGGAGCACCGUGGCCGUCAUCAGCGCCUCCGACGACGACGUCGGGGAGAACGCCCGCAUCACCUACCUGCUGGAAGACAACCUGCCUCAGUUCCGCAUUGACGCGCACUCGGGGGCCCUCACCUUACAGGCCCCGCUCGACUACGAGGACCAAGUGACCUACACGCUGGCCAUCACCGCCCGGGACAACGGGAUCCCCCAGAAAGCGGACACCACCUACGUGGAGGUGAUGGUCAACGACGUGAACGACAACGCGCCGCAGUUCGUGGCUUCCCACUACACGGGGCUGGUCUCGGAGGACGCGCCCCCCUUCACCAGCGUCCUGCAGAUCUCCGCCACCGACCGCGACGCCCAUGCCAAUGGCCGCGUCCAGUAUACUUUCCAGAACGGGGAAGAUGGCGAUGGAGAUUUUACCAUCGAGCCCACCUCUGGAAUCGUCCGGACGGUAAGGCGGCUGGACCGAGAGGCCGUGCCGGUGUAUGAGUUGACCGCCUAUGCGGUGGACCGUGGGGUACCCCCACUAAGGACACCGGUGAGUAUUCAGGUGACCGUCCAGGACGUGAAUGACAACGCGCCUGUCUUCCCCGCCGAGGAGUUUGAAGUGCGAGUGAAGGAGAACAGCAUUGUGGGGUCCGUGGUGGCUCAGAUCACCGCGGUAGACCCCGAUGAAGGCCCCAACGCCCACAUCAUGUACCAGAUCGUGGAAGGGAACAUCCCGGAGCUGUUCCAAAUGGAUAUCUUCUCUGGAGAGCUGACAGCACUCAUUGACCUGGACUAUGAGACUCGCCAGGAGUACGUGAUUGUGGUCCAAGCCACCUCUUCCCCCUUGGUCAGCAGAGCCACUGUGCACGUGCGCCUCGUGGAUCAGAACGACAACAGUCCUGUGCUCAACAAUUUCCAGAUCCUCUUCAACAACUACGUGUCCAACCGCUCCGACACCUUCCCUUCCGGAAUCAUCGGCCGCAUCCCAGCCUAUGACCCCGAUGUCUCUGAUCAUCUCUUCUAUUCCUUUGAGCGGGGCAAUGAGCUGCAGCUGCUGGUUGUCAAUCAGACCAGUGGGGAGCUUCGACUCAGCCGCAAGCUAGACAACAACCGCCCACUGGUGGCCUCCAUGUUGGUGACAGUCACAGACGGCUUGCACAGCGUGACGGCGCAGUGCGUGCUGCGCGUGGUCAUCAUCACGGAGGAACUGCUGGCCAACAGCCUGACGGUGCGCCUGGAGAACAUGUGGCAGGAGCGCUUCCUGUCCCCGCUGCUGGGCCACUUCCUGGAGGGCGUGGCCGCCGUGCUGGCCACGCCCACCGAGGACGUCUUCAUCUUCAACAUCCAGAACGACACGGACGUGGGGGGCAUGGUGCUGAACGUGAGCUUCUCGGCGCUGGCCCCCCGCGGGGCCGGGGCGGGCGCGGCGGGGCCCUGGUUCAGCUCCGAGGAGCUGCAGGAGCAGCUGUACGUGCGCCGGGCCGCCCUGGCCGCCCGCUCGCUGCUCGACGUGUUACCCUUCGACGACAACGUGUGCCUGCGGGAGCCCUGUGAGAACUACAUGAAGUGCGUGUCGGUGCUGCGCUUCGACUCCUCGGCGCCUUUCCUGGCCUCGGCCUCCACGCUCUUCCGGCCCAUCCAGCCCAUCGCCGGCCUGCGCUGCCGCUGCCCGCCCGGCUUCACGGGCGACUUCUGCGAGACCGAGCUGGACCUCUGCUAUUCCAACCCGUGUCGGAACGGAGGCGCCUGUGCGCGGCGCGAAGGGGGCUACACCUGCGUCUGCCGCCCGCGCUUCACAGGGGAAGACUGCGAGCUGGACACGGAGGCCGGCCGCUGCGUGGCGGGCGUCUGCCGCAACGGGGGCACCUGCACGGACGCGCCCCACGGCGGCUUCCGCUGCCAGUGCCCCGCGGGCGGCGCCUUCGAGGGCCCGCGCUGCGAGGUGGCGGCCCGCUCCUUCCCGGCCAGCUCCUUCGUCAUGUUCCGCGGCCUGCGACAGCGCUUCCACCUCACGCUGUCCCUCUCGUUCGCCACCGUGCAGCCCAGCGGGCUCCUGUUCUACAACGGGCGUCUCAACGAGAAGCACGACUUUCUGGCCUUGGAACUCGUGGCUGGCCAAGUCCGGCUCACGUAUUCCACGGGUGAAUCAAACACAGUGGUCAGCCCCACAGUCCCAGGGGGCCUGAGUGAUGGGCAGUGGCACACCGUACAUCUGAGAUACUACAACAAGCCCCGGACAGAUGCCCUAGGGGGUGCUCAGGGCCCUUCCAAGGACAAGGUGGCUGUGUUGAGCGUGGAUGACUGCAAUGUGGCUGUGGCUCUGGAGUUUGGUGCCGAGAUUGGCAACUAUUCAUGUGCGGCUGCUGGUGUACAAACAAGCUCCAAGAAGUCCCUGGACCUGACGGGCCCUCUGCUUCUGGGGGGUGUCCCCAACCUCCCGGAGAACUUCCCCGUGUCCCACAAGGACUUCAUUGGCUGUAUGCGAGACCUGCACAUCGACGGCCGCCGGGUAGACAUGGCGGCCUUCGUUGCCAACAACGGCACAGUGGCAGGCUGCCAGGCCAAGCUGCACUUUUGUGACUCAGGCCCCUGCAAGAACAAUGGCUUCUGCUCGGAGCGCUGGGGUGGCUUCAGCUGCGAGUGCCCCGUAGGCUUUGGUGGCAAAGAUUGUCGGCUCACCAUGGCCCACCCUUACCAUUUCCGUGGCAACGGCACACUGAGUUGGGACUUUGGAAAUGACAUGCCCGUGUCUGUGCCAUGGUACCUGGGGCUGGCAUUUCGGACACGGGCAGCACAGGGGUUCCUGAUGCAAGUGCAGGUUGGACCCCACAACACACUCCUGUGCCAGUUAGAUCGGGGGUUGCUGUCUGUAACCGUAACUAGAGGCUCCGGCCGGGCUGCCCACCUUCUGCUGGACCAGGUGACCGUCAGUGAUGGCCGAUGGCAUGAUCUGAGACUGGAAUUGCAGGAAGAGCCAGGUGGCAGGAGGGGCCACCAUGUCUUCCUGGUCUCCUUGGACUUCAGCCUUGUCCAGGACACCAUGGUGGUGGGGAGUGAGCUUCAGGGCCUGAAGGUAAAGCAGCUCCACGUGGGCGGCCUGCCCCCCGGCAGUAAGGAGGAAGUUCCUCCGGGAUUGGUCGGCUGCAUCCAGGGGCUGUGGCUUGGCUCGACACCCUUGGGGUCCCCAGCUCUGCUCCCUCCCAGCCGCCGAGUGAACGUGGAGCCGGGCUGUGCUGUGAGCAGCGCCUGUGCCUCGGGGCCCUGCCCGCCCCACGCUGACUGCCAUGACCUCUGGCAGACCUUCUCCUGUACCUGCUGGCCAGGUUACUAUGGCCCAGGCUGCGUGGAUGUCUGUCUCUUGAACCCUUGUCAGAACCAGGGCUCCUGCCGCCACCUCCCAGGGGCCCCCCAUGGCUAUACCUGUGACUGUAUCGCUGGCUAUUUUGGUCACCACUGUGAACACAGGAUGGACCAGCAGUGCCCUCGGGGGUGGUGGGGGAGCCCAACCUGUGGGCCCUGCAACUGUGAUGUCCACAAGGGCUUCGACCCCAACUGCAACAAGACCAAUGGGCAGUGUCACUGCAAGGAGUUCCAUUACCGACCUCGGGGCAGUGACUCCUGCCUCCCCUGUGACUGCUACCCUGUGGGCUCCACCUCGCGCUCAUGUGCACCCCACAGUGGCCAGUGUCCCUGCCGCCCAGGAGCCCUUGGCCGCCAGUGCAACAGCUGUGACAGCCCUUUUGCCGAAGUGACAGCCAGCGGCUGCCGAGUGCUCUAUGAUGCCUGCCCCAAGUCCCUGAGAUCUGGUGUGUGGUGGCCCCAGACUAAAUUCGGUGUCUUAGCCACAGUGCCCUGUCCCCGGGGGGCCCUGGGAUUGCGGGGUGCAGGUGCUGCUGUGCGGUUGUGUGAUGAAGACCAUGGUUGGCUGGAGCCGGACCUUUUCAACUGUACCUCCCCUGCCUUUCGAGAACUCAGCCUGCUGCUGGAUGGUCUAGAGCUGAACAAGACGGCACUGGAUACAAUGGAGGCCAAGAAGCUGGCUCAGCGACUACGUGAGGUGACAAGUCAGGCCGACUACUACUUUAGUCAAGAUGUCCGCGUCACUGCCCGCCUGCUGGCCUAUUUGCUGGCCUUUGAAAGCCAUCAACAGGGGUUUGGCCUGACAGCCACACAAGAUGCCCAUUUCAAUGAGAAUCUACUGUGGGCUGGCUCUGCACUGCUCGCUCCCGAGACCGAGGACUUGUGGGCAGCGCUGGGGCAGCGGGCCCCUGGGGCCUCCCCCGGGAGCGCGGGCCUGGUGAGACAUCUGGAGGAAUAUGCAGCGACACUUGCCAGGAACAUGGAACUCACGUACCUGAAUCCCGUGGGGCUGGUGACCCCCAAUAUCAUGCUCAGUAUCGACCGCAUGGAGCACCCCAGUUCUGCCAGGAGCGCCCAUCGUUACCCUCGUUACCACAGCAACCUCUUUCGGGGCCAGUAUGCCUGGGAUCCUCAUACUCACGUGUUACUGCCUUCCCAAACCCCACGGCCAUCUCCAUCCGAAGUUCUGCCCACAAGCAGCAGCAGCACAGAAAACUCCAGUGUCUCCAGUGUGGCCCCCCCACCAGUCCCCCCAGAACCCGAACCAGAACCUGGCAUCUCCAUUGUCAUCCUCCUGGUCUACCGCACCUUGGGGGGGCUGCUUCCAGCCCAGUACCAGGCGGAGCGCCGAGGCGCCAGGCUCCCCCAGAACCCUGUAAUGAACUCCCCCGUGGUCAGCGUGGCUGUGUUCCAUGGGCGCAACUUCUUAAGGGGUGUCCUGGAGUCCCCCAUCAGCCUCGAGUUCCGCCUGCUACAGACAGCCAAUCGGAGCAAGGCCAUCUGCGUGCAGUGGGACCCACCUGGCCCGGAAGAGCAGCACGGCAUGUGGACGGCACGGGACUGUGAGCUGGUGCACCGGAACGGGUCCCAUGCCUGGUGUCGCUGCAGCCGGACGGGCACCUUCGGGAUUCUCAUGGACGCCUCUCCCCGUGAGCGGCUGGAGGGCGACCUGGAAUUGCUGGCUGUGUUCACGCACGUGGUCGUCGCCGUGUCCGUGGCUGCCCUGGUGCUGACGGCCGCCCUCCUCCUGAGCCUGCGCAGCCUCAAGUCCAACGUGCGGGGCAUCCAUGCCAAUGUAGCAGCGGCCUUGGGGGUGGCCGAGCUCCUCUUCCUGCUAGGGAUCCACAGGACCCACAACCAGCUGGUGUGUACUGCGGUGGCCAUCCUCCUACACUACUUCUUCCUCAGCACCUUCGCGUGGCUCCUGGUGCAGGGCCUGCACCUCUACCGCAUGCAAGUGGAGCCACGCAAUGUGGACCGCGGCGCCAUGCGCUUCUACCACGCCCUGGGCUGGGGCGUCCCUGCGGUGCUGCUGGGACUUGCCGUGGGCCUGGACCCCGAGGGCUAUGGGAACCCUGACUUUUGCUGGGUCUCCAUCCACGAACCUCUCAUCUGGAGUUUCGCCGGCCCUGUGGUCCUUGUCAUAGUGAUGAAUGGAACCAUGUUUCUCCUCGCUGCCCGCACAUCCUGUUCCACAGGGCAGAGGGAAGCCAAGAAGACCUCCGUGCUCAGGACACUCCGGAGCUCUUUCCUGCUCCUCUUGCUGGUCAGCGCCUCCUGGCUCUUUGGCCUCCUGGCAGUUAACCACAGCAUCCUGGCCUUCCACUACCUCCAUGCUGGGCUCUGUGGCCUCCAGGGCCUGGCAGUGUUACUGCUCUUCUGUGUCCUGAAUGCAGAUGCCCGAGCCGCCUGGACACCAGCCUGUCUUGGCAAGAAGGCAGCACCAGAAGAGCCAAGGCCAGCACCAGGGCCGGGGCCCGGAGCCUAUAACAACACGGCCCUCUUCGAGGAGAGCGGCCUCAUUCGUAUCACCCUGGGGGCCUCCACGGUCUCAUCGGUGAGCAGUGCCCGCUCUGGCCGGACCCAGGACCAGGACAGCCAGCGGGGCCGCAGCUACCUCAGGGACAAUGUCCUGGUUCGACACGGCUCCGCUGUUGACCACACCGACCACACCCUCCAGACUCACGCUGGCCCCACGGAUCUGGACGUGGCCAUGUUUCACCGAGAUGCUGGCGCAGACUCUGACUCUGACAGUGACCUGUCCUUAGAAGAGGAAAGGAGUCUGUCCAUCCCAUCUUCGGAAAGCGAGGACAACGGCCGGACACGAGGGCGCUUCCAACGCCCACUCCGCCGGGCGGCUCAGAGUGAGAGGCUCCUUAGCCACCCCAAAGAUGUGGAUGGCAACGACCUCCUAUCGUACUGGCCAGCCCUGGGAGAGUGUGAAGCCAGCCCUUGUGCCCUGCAGACUUGGGGCUCCGAGAGGCGUCUGGGCCUAGACACCAGUAAAGAUGCAGCCAACAACAACCAGCCAGAGCUGGCCCUGACGAGUGGGGAUGAAACCACCCUGGGCAGAGCCCAACGCCAGAGAAAAGGCAUCCUGAAGAACCGGCUGCAGUACCCCCUGAUGCCGCAGAGCCGAGGGGCCCCCGAGCUGUCGUGGUGCCGGGCGGCCACGCUGGGCCACCGCGCCGUGCCCGCCGCCUCAUACGGCCGCAUCUACGCCCGCGGGGGCACGGGCAGCCUGUCCCAGCCCGCCAGCCGCUACUCCUCCCGAGAGCAACUGGAUCUGCUCCUCCGGCGGCAGCUGAGCCGCGAGCGGCUGGAAGAAGCCCCCCUGCCCCGGCUGCACCCCCUGAGCAGGCCCGGUUCCCAGGAACGCCUCGACGCCCUCGUGCCAGGCCGCCUCGAACCCCGGGACCGGGGCAGUACCCUCCCCCGGAGGCAGCCGCCCCGGGACUACCCGGGCGCCACGGCCGGCCGCUUUGGAUCGCGGGAUGCGUUGGACUUAGGGGCCCCCCGGGAAUGGCUGAGCACCUUGCCUGCACCCCGCCGUCCCCGGGACCUGGACCCCCAGCCGCCCCCUCUGCCCCGCUCCCCGCAGCGGCAGCUCUCCAGGGACCCCCUCCUCCCCUGCGGGCCCCUGGACCCUGCGGGGAGGAGUUUGAACUCUCGAGAACAACCGGCUCCGGGGCCCAGCCGGCCUCCUUCCCGCGAGGCCCUGGGACCCCCGCCGCCGCCCCGGCCGCCCGGCGCGCGGGAGGAGGCCGCCAGCGGCCCCGGCCCCGGCCCCUCCACGGAGCAGCUGGACAUCCUCUCGUCCAUCCUCGCCUCCUUCAACUCCUCAGCCCUCUCCUCCGUGCAGUCCUCCAGCACGCCCUCCGGCCCGCACACCACGGCCACGGCCACCCCGUCGGCCACCGCCUCCGCCCUAAGCCGGGGCCCUCCACGCUCGCGCUCCGCGGCCACGCCCCUCAGGCCACGCCCCUCCGCAGGCCCCACUUAUCCUCGGCACCGCCCCUCCGCAGGCCAUGCCACGCCCCCUCCGCCGGGCCACCUCUCCGCAGGCCCACGCCCCUCGCGGCCACGCCCCACAGGCCACGCCCCUCCGCAGGCCCCACUUAUCCUCGGGCACCGCCCCUCCGCAGGCCAUGCCACGCCCCCUCCGCCGUGCCACCUCUCCGCAGGCCACGCCCCUCCGCAGGCCCCGCUUCUCCACAGGCACCGCCCCUCCUCCACGCAGGGCAACUUCCGGCGGCAUGCCUGGGUUCAGUCCCAGAGUGGGGUGGGGACUGGCCGGCAAAAGGGGGCAGGGGGCUAUAGGGACAAACUCUUUGAGAUGUGA